GGAACGGAAACUCGAGCAGAGGAGGCGUCUUUUUUCGACAGGAUGUUUUCUCUUCAGAGGUCGCCCUGUGAGGCUCAGACUCUGCAGCGCCGUGGGAGUGCUCGCUCUGAUCUGAUCUGAGCCAGAACAUGAAGUGAGGCCAGCACGUGCAGCAGGGAAAGCCGGGGCGGACCGCCCGCAAGCCGAAGAGUCAAGCUUCCUUUGCAGCCGAAGAGCCCUCCAUGGAGACCAGCUUGGAGUUCUGAGGAGGGGAGGGAAACUUUAGGAAGCAAUGGCGGGAUUUUGCUGGACCCUCCUGGUCCUGAUGCUCUGCAGGACAUCUCACGCCUCUCAGGAUCUAGACACCAAAGACGUGACGCUGAAGCGGGUGUUCGUGCUCUGCCCAAACUUCACCACCCAGCAUGUUCUGUUCAAACUCACCAUCAACCAGGAGUUGAUGGCGACGUGCGAAAUCAAGAACAGCAGCCAGAUCUUUGAGUCCCAGCCUUCCAACACAGACGUGGAGUUCAAGAAGACCGACGCUCUGGUGGGUUUCGAGCUCCGGGGGGCCAUGGCGAGAGCCGACGUGGCCUACAGAUGUGAUGCCGACAAAAAAUUCCCCCCACCCUUCGAGUCCUUUCCCAACCAUAGCUGGUUCCUGGUCUUCCAUGAAGAAACCUGCACCAAUCCAGAGGCCUGCCAAGAAGGAGGGGGAGGAGGAGGGCAGCUGCUGUGGGUGUGGGUCACAGGGGUCACGCUCCUCGCCACCUACGGCCUGGCCGUCACCGUCGCCGCAUUUGUCCUCUGGUUCAAGCUGAAGGAUGCGGACUCCCAGAACGACUACAUGAACACCAAACCCAAAGCGGCCCGCAAGAGAAGAGGCCUUCAGAACCCCACACCCAAAUACGUCUGAUCUCUACACACCCUGGAGAGCUUCAUUUACGUUCUUCUGGAUUGUGUGAACUUGCUUUGUGUGCAGAAGUAGCUCUUGCGGUGCAUGACACAAUAAAAGGUUUCUGGAUGGCUCA